CUGAGUUUGAAACUGAAGUAUACGUAGAGCUGCGAAAUUGAAUGCAGAAAUUAUGAAUGAAUUCAUUGAUAAAGUCGCUAUGCACUUUUGCGGUUGAUAGGUACAUCUUAGUAGUAUAUAGGUAAAAAACUUAAGUAAGUCACCUGUUGUAUGUAGUUGAGACGUGUUCGAAUAGACAUUUUUUUUUGUUUGUGUGUGUCUUUUAAACAUGUAUUGUCUAUUCGAACACGUAACAACUACAUACAACAGGUGACUUACUUAAGUUUUUUACCUAUACCUACCUAGUUUCUUAGUACCAAUGCGUGGACGUAAGUCUUAGGGCUCCUCUCGUAAUCUCUAUAGCAAGUAAUUAUAAUAUGUAAACUAUGUCUCUAUAAAUACAAACGCGCUUCCUUCAAGUCAUAUCUUUUAUUAAGAUAAUUGUAAGAAAUGUAGUCCUAUUUUAUUAAGGUGACUGUGAUUGACACCUUUUAUUUAUCUCUUAUAGGCAAAAUCAUUUUUGUGUUCCCAUUGUAUUGAAUUUCGAUUGUGUGUCUUCCUAUUCUGAAAGUAUUAUGGAAGUGAUUUCUGAAGUAGGUAAUAUUAUUUACCUUUUUUAAUACAUUCAUGCGAUUUUAGCGAUCUGUUACUUAUCAUGUUACAUGUUUCAUUUAUGAGUAUACUUCUUAAAGUGGCGGCUACGGCGCAUGUGUUAGUCCCUGAAGUUGCAAGCGUCCAUAGGAUACGGUAACCGCUUAGAUUCAAGCUGGUUGUACGUUUGUUUGCCAGCGACUAGUUAUAAAAAAUAGGCCGCAAAAACAUACAUAAUAGAAACCUUUUAACACGUACAAUACAUAUAAGCAAUAAUCGUCACUCCAAAGAUUAAUUAUGAAAUGGAAUAUCAUUCAAACAAAAAUAUACAUACACAUAAUAUUAAAAUUAAGCGUACUUAUCUGAAUUAAAUAUUUUAUGUAGGCAGCCCACUUUCGUUCUGCAGGAGCGUAAAAGCAGGUCCGAGCAAUUCUCAAUUUCACAUCUAAAGUUUUUUUUUAUCAUCAAAGCAUUACUCGAGUUGAGACGUCGUCGUCAAAACAUGGCAUCUUGAGAUUCUUGAGCCAAGCGUAACGCGAUCUCUUCACUUGAGUGCUGUAAUCUACGUUUUACCUUAGCAUAAAUACUAGUGAACUUAAAAAAAAAACCGGAAAAGUGCGAAUCGGACUCGUCCACCUCGGGUUCCGUACAAAUUUGUAGGUUUACAUCUACAGAAAAUAUUUGGUCACCCGUACAAAAUUACAAAAAUAUAUAAGUGUAAUAUAAGAUGAUAUUACUUGCAAAAUUUAUUAGUUCUAGGUCAACAUAAAUCACCCUAUAAAUUUUGAUUCCCUUGAGAGUGUACACAUACAUUUUUGCGGCAUAAACGUCCGUAUCUUUUUAGGGUUCCGUAUCUCGAACGGAAAAAAACGGAACCCUUAUAGGAUCACUUUGUUGUCCGUCCGUCCGUAUUUCUGUCUGUCAAGACCCUUUUUAUCAAAAAUGCGUGGAGGUAUCAAGCUGGAAUUUAUAUAAAAUACUCAGGUCGACUAUCACUUGGAGCUGUGAAAAAAUCAAAUUUCUAAGCCAACGAAAUCAAAAGAUACAGCCGUUUAUGCCGCAAAUUUCCGCAAAUUUUCGACACUCGCAAGGGAAUCAAAACCUACAGGGUAGCUCCCGUGAACUCAGAAUCUUGAAAUUUGGUACGAAGCAACGUCUUUCAGCACAAAUAAAGGAAAAAUUGCGAAAACCGUGAAUUUUUAGUUACAACGAUAAUAAUACAUACCUAGAGGUUUGUAUGGAACCCUCAGUGCGCGAGUCCGACUCGCACUUGGCCGGUUUUUUUUACGUCAACUUAGAAGACUGAUUUUUUCACAGCAUGGUUUUAAUUUCAACUGGAUACCUCCACGUGUUCCCAAGGUAAAGGGUCUUAACAGACAGGAGAAGGGUUCCGUAUUUUCCUUUUGAGGUACUGAAUCCUAAUAAACUCGCUACAGCGACGCUAGGGCUAAUGCUUAUAAUAAUACAAUCCUCAUUUAUUUUCUGUUCUGCGCCACCACCCGUACUAACUGAUGAGACAUUCGAUAACUAAUUCAAUUGUUCAUCAAAUUCUAUUCCAAGUUCAAACUGAUUUUUCGAUGUCACUGGCGGUUAAUAUGCGUGGUUGGCUAAUAUUAAUGAAAUUCCUCCUUGACGGUUUGUGUUUAGUGCUGAAUUGAUUAAAUCAGUAUACCGAUACAAGGUGUUUAAUUGAAAUGAGACAAUGAGGGAGUAGUUACCUACUUUUUUUCCUCCAAUUUUGGAUAAAAAAAUUGGAUAUUAUAUUUAUAGUAUGUAUGUAUGUAUAUAUGUGCGUCUUAUAUUUAUAGUGUGACUGUCACGAAUAAAUGUCCUUUAUGUUAUCUUAAUUCAUUGAUUUUGUUUUCUCUCUCUGCACCAAUUGUGUCUCUGUCUGGCCCUAUGGUUGAUUGGUAGAGAAUGCCAUUUAGCUUUAAGUCCGCCAUUUGUACAUUGUUGUAUGUAUAUUGUACAAUAAAUUUUAAAUAACUAAAUAAAAAACCUGCAUGAAUGCGUUUCAAUAACGGAAACUCACCAUGCGCGAUCUGAAUGUCAUGGGCGGGCACGAUGCAGUAAGUUUAAAGGCGUGGGAAGGAUAAGUAUAGUAUAGGACUAGAUUCUGCCCGCGACUUUGUUUACAUGGAAUAAUGAUGAUUAUUAAAAACUAUCUUAUGUCCAUCCCCAGGCCUUCAUACCUCAUCUAAAUCUCUUAAGCGGUUUAAGCGUGAAGAGGUAAUAGACAGACGGACAGAAAAACAGAGCUACUUUCACAUGUAGAAUAUUACUAGUAGGGUAAUAAUCAAAACAAAAGAAUGUGCACUCAAAAGCCCAGACAACGGGUUAACUUGUAUAAAAUGUUUAAUAUAAAAUGACUGUUUUCAUUGCUCUUAAGUGGUAAUUAGUUACUAGGUACCUACUUAUCUAAACACGUUUCAGCUAAACAAUUUAGCUACUUACUGCUAUAAUUGCUAUCACCAAAUAAAAAUGAAAUUUGUAAACUGUUCCGAGCAAGAGAAUGGCAAGGAAUGUGUUAAACGAACUCAUAAUAAAUAAUCUCCUAACCGAAACAAGCAAUUACCAUUAGCGGCAAAGGCGGUUACCACCAAAUUAAAUCACGCCAUCAAGCGGAAUUCCAUUUUCAAGCAUUAAAAAAACAAGCUCGUGGGAAAGCUUCAGAGGUUUCAGUGGCCUCAGUUCGCUCCCAACCGCCAGAGGGACCACGCGCUCGCUCGCAUCAAAAACGCGGGAACUCUCUUGUCGUGACACUUAAACUUUAUCAACAACGUGUAACAUUUAAUAUUAUGAUUAUGACAGUUCGGGCGCGAGUGUAAUUUGAACAAAAUGGAUGUACGCUUCUGGAUUCUGUUUUCGUUUGUUUUUUUUACUGAUGUCACCUCUUCGACGAAGAAGUACUCCUAUAUAAGGGAAAAUCCUGAAACCUUUACUUUUCAGAGAUCAUUAUUUGACCCGUCUACAGUCGACUCAAGAAAAAUGAGAAUCCGUAGGAGCAUUUCCAUGACGAUGUCGCAGCACUUCGGGGAAACCACCGUGAUGCCUGGAGCUGACAUACAUCUCCAGUGCACCGUGAAUGGACAGCAUCCGGGGAAAUUCAUCUGGGAGAGGGACGGCAUACUCAUCUCGUCAAAUACCGAUUCGAGGUACGGCAUAAGUCAAACGUUAUCUCCCAAUGGCGGGGUGACGUCGCAACUAAACAUAUCACAUAUUCGGGUGGACGAUGGAGGCCUGUUCGCGUGCGUUGCUCACCAUGGAGAGACUCAGUUGGCGCACUAUGACCGGAUAAAUGUAUAUGGUCCCCCGUAUAUCCGAACGUUGCCCCCAUUCAAGGUUCAAAGCGGUCAGAGUGUCACUCUCAGGUGCCCUUACUACGGCUACCCCGUAAGAGAAAUCACGUGGGAAUACAAGGGAAAAGAAAUCAAGCCCGACAUAUCACAGUCCAGUCGCUACCGACGCUCCGUGCCCUCCAGCAUAGAAAUAUUUGGCAGAAAACCCAAGUUAAGAAGCAAAAGAGAUGCUACAGUAACCAACAAUGGUGUACUAAACAUAGCUAAAGUAAACAAGAAUGAUAACGGCGGUAGCUAUGCUUGCGUCGUGAGAAGCCCUUCAGGGGAGAUGGCUAAGAGAUCUUUUGAAUUACAAGUCGUGGAAGCACCACAGCUGGAAGAGAUUUUGUUGGCAUCUGACUUGCAAGAAGGACAAAUAGUGCAGAUACAUUGUAAUUUGAAGAGCGGGGAUUCUCCUGUGUAUUAUUCGUGGUUGAAGGAUGGGAAGAAAAUACCGAAUCAUCUAAAGAUAGUGGAGAGGAGUCUGGAAGUGUUCAGCGUGCUGAUAAUAAAGAACGUCUCGUUGGACCACUGCGGCACCUACACUUGCGUGGCAGCAAACCACGUGGCUAAAGUCAACCGGACAGUAAACCUCUACAUAAAAGUGGCCCCUAAGUGGAGCGAGGAGCCUCAGAAUACGUCAUUGCUCUUGGGGCGGAGCGGUCAUAUUUCCUGCAGUGCUAACGGCUAUCCUCAACCUCAGACUCACUGGCUUAAGAAAGAUGUUGUCUCAGAGACAUGGCGUCCAGUUCUGGAGGUGGCGGGAGGUGGGGUACUGAGCUUGUCGAAUGGUUCCUUGAUGUUUGACACCGUGGCGCUGUCAGACGCUGGACUUUACACUUGCCAUGUUGAAAAUGGAGUUGGGGAAGCGCUUAGCAAGACUAUAUGGAUAUCUGUAAACAAGCCCGUUACUUUUGAUACCGUACUUAGGAAUAUGACAGCAAAACUCGGCCAACAAGUCACUAUAGAAUGCCACGCAAAAGGUGACGAUCCUAUAAGGAUCAUGUGGACUAGGAAUGAGAAGCCGAUUAACCCAUUGACACAAAGGGUAAAAAUAUCAGAAGCAAAAACAGACGAAGGUAUAACCAGUGUGCUGGAACUUCUGCAAACAGAAACAAGCGAUGCUGCCUUGUAUCAGUGCAGGGCGGGCAACCCCUUCGGAGCCGAUGUUUACAGCGUCUAUCUCAAUAUUUUGGAACCGCCAUCUCCUCCGACGGAUUUAUCAGUAGAUUCGAUAAAAAGUCGGUCAGUGAAACUAUCGUGGCGCGACAUGGCUCGAUCUCUGGCACAAUAUUAUACAGUGCAGAUCACGAAUAGUCAAAGGCUGUCAUGGAGUACUGCAAGGGCGAUUAACGUCUCCAGAACGGAUGAAAUUCGCCAUGUCGUGGAAAUUGAAGACCUUCAGCCAUCAACAGGAUACACCGCUAGAGUAGCUGGGGGAAACCAGGCCGAUUUAAGUCUCUUUUCAACGCCAGUACGCCUCACUACUACUGAAGAAGCCCCAACCUCGCCUCCGUUGGCGGUUCAGCUGGAACAGACGGAGUCUCCAGGGGAGAUCAGGGUGCGGUGGCUUCCGCCUCCAGCCGAUGCACAUAAUGGACUUAUACUUGGUUAUAGACUUAGGGCGGUGCCACAAUUGAGUGGAAUUAAAGAAAACCAAGAGCCAAGUGAUAAAAUCAUUAAAACAGCUUCAUUGUACUCGAAACAAGAAAAUACAAUAACAGGACUUUUGAAAGGAGUCAGGUAUGCUGUAUCCAUUGCAGCCUUUAAUAGUGCUGGGACUGGGCCAUUUUCAGUCCCUUUAUUUCAAGAUACCAGGGAAGGCGCACCAGAGGAAGGCCCAUCGUUAGUGGAAUGUGGUGGUAUGACAUCAUCGGCUCUGCGGGUGAGCUGGCAGCCCAUUCCACCGCACAAACAGGCUGGAGCACUCAUCGGAUAUACAGUGUUAUAUGCAGCGCAAGGUCGCCAGUGGCACAACGCAACAACACUAGUCACGGAGCUUAGACUCCAAGGCCUUUCCAAGUUCACUAACUACACAAUCAAAGUAGCGGGCUUCUCGAACUACGGCCUCGGCCCAUUCUCGUUCCCUAUUGUUUGUGCCACACUACAGGACGUUCCUGAAGCACCAGCCGAAAUCAAACUUCUAUCACAAUCAUCCAAUGCAUUGCUGGUCAGUUGGAAAAAACCAAACCAACCCAAUGGGAGAUUACUUCACUACACUGUUUACUGCAAGCCUGCAUCAAGCAAUGAUGGCCCGCAAUCAUACCGCGUGGACACCCAGCCUAAUACUGAUGCUUAUGAAAGAACUCAGACCAUGGAGCUCAAAGGACUCACAGAAGGAAGACAGUACGAUGUCUGGGUUACCGCCAGUACUUCUAUAGGAGAAGGUCCAGAGAGCAGGAGGGUUACCAACACGCCUUCUCAAAGAGUAGUCGCAGGCGUGGCAUCGUUAGGCGGAGAGGUAUCUGUCGCAGUCAGGAACUCCCUCCUCUUGGAGUGCAAGAGCGUUGGCGCUCCACCGCCAAGGACAGUCUGGUACCACAAUCAAAACAUCAUCACACAUCAUCCUAGGUUCACCAGAAAUAGAGAUGAUAGUUUAUUGAUCAAAAGUAUUGACCAAGCUCUCAGCGGCAACUACACAUGCCUAGCCAAAAACCUCUACGGAUCUGACUCCGUAGUCUAUCAAGUCAAAGUUUUGCCCUUGCCUGAUCCCCCAAGUUUGAGAGCCACGCCAUACAAGGAUUCAGUUGUUGUCCAGUGGGACGAAAUAAGAGUCCACAGCAACGAGUCAUUGGCUUAUGGUAUUACUUACAACCUUACCUGGAGGGAAGGUGAUGGCCCAUGGCAAGAGGCUUGGCCGGUGGCUAGAGAAUCCCGACUACCAGGAGUUCAACAGCAUACUCUGAUUGGUCUCAAGUGUGGAACUAAGUAUUCAGUCAGGGUCACCGCCACCGAUUCCGUUGGAACGUCUAUUCCUGCUCAAGCCGAUGUUAUGACUUUAGGAGGAGCGCCAGUCCCCCCUCCCUCCACCGACUGGUUAUGGAGCAAUGCCACCCACAUCUACAUUCAACUCAGCGGCUGGGAUGAUGGCGGUUGUGACGUCACAAAAUGGGACGUGGAAUAUCGGCCUCUAGGAUCGAACCUAUGGCAUAGAGCGGAGAAUAAAGCACCUGUCGAUAUGAACAUGGGCUGGAGUUUCUACCAAGCUCCUCCUCUUCGUGCAAUGCCGACAUCUUUUGCAAUCGGACCUCUCUCUCCAGCGAAUUGGUAUCAGCUGAAAGUGACGGCUACAAAUGAUGCUGGAGUUGCUUCCACCGUUUACACAUUUGCUACGAAGAAUGUGGAUGGAGAAGAAAUUGGGCCGCCGUCAGACAUGUUAGAUCUAAACAUGCUUGUGAUCAUAUGCAGCUCCAUUCUCCUUGUCGUCUGUGUUUUUGCAUUUAUUUGCAUCCUCUUCAGAAGAAGACAAAACUUCUCCUCCCAAUACCGCCACUCCAUAGCCGAGGACGUGAAGUCCCGCAACGAGAGCAUGACGUCACAGUCGGAGCACAAGGAGCGGUAUGCGCACACGCCGCGGAUAUACACCUCACCUGUCCAUAACAGGAAGACCAGUAAGAACGAAAUGUUCGAAAUCAGUCCCUACGCCGAGUUUGCCCUGGGUUUCCGAACCUUUGAUCAUGUGGAAAAUCAAGACUUGCCAAGCCGGCUGCCUGGGCGACCACGAUUUGAUACAGAAACCAGCUUCCAGGCUCGCUCCGAGUCGGAUGACAGUGACAGCACUUCAAAAGCUACUAUGUCAGCUAUUCCGCGAAGUAAGAUUAUUUUCAACGGACACUGCCGCACACCGCAUCACAGAUAACAACUGAAGCAUUAAAUUAUAGCCAAAAAAUCAUGAACUUUUCCGAAGGAACACUAUUUAAAGAAAAAUGCAACUGUACUAAGUACUACAUAAAUACGUAAUAUAGAACAAUCAAACUAACAUAUCAACAUGAUGCUUAUACACAGCAAUCAUGGGCGCCAUCUAAAUUCAUUUGUUGUUGUCCCUAUAUGACCAAAUUAAUACCUAUGUAAUAACUCUUGAAUACCUACCAAAAGUUUCCAUGAUAAAUUGAAAAACCACUCCGAAUAACCUCAUGGAUUGCGUCAGAAAUUAUGGAUCUAAUGUAAUCUCCGAUUUACAUUGUAGUGUAAUGUUUCCAUAAAAUUAUAUUAUUUUACUUUUUUUCGUAUAUUUAUUUUGGUGGAAAUAAAUUCAACUUUAUGAUUUUACUAUCAUAAAGAUCAGUUAAUAGUAAAUAACGUUACUAGUGCGAAAACUAGGAAAUUUGCAAGGGAAUGUUUUAAAUCGACACGAGUUGCGAAUUGCCUACAACAUUUUACAGUACAUAUGGUGCUACUUUACCGAACUAGUGCGAUAAUUAGCACAUUACGUGACUAUGUCAAAAAUGUAAAGGGUCAUAUACGUACUGUAGAACGUUGUAUGAUACAUGUGCGAUUAGGUAAUUAAAUAUUAAUAUAUUUAUUGGUGUAUUUAAAUAAUACAGGUUGCUGCAAAUUGUCAAAAAUUCUCGUUGAAUUUUUUUUAAUAUGAUCUAUACUUUAACUGAAAUUAUAGAUCCCUUAAAGGGAUAAGUUCGCCUUUGUAUUAAUGAUAAAUGUUUUUUUCCUGUUUUGUUUUUUUUUUACAACAAAGUGUUUUAAUACUAGUACUUUCCUUGGAGAGAUAUUUAGAUUUUUCAAAAAUGUUUUUUUUCACGAACUUAUAAGUUCGAGCAAGGACUAAGUCUUUAUGGAUUUUGAGUACAGUCACCAUAAACAGUAGCGGAUCGGAGUACGCAUCAAAAUAACUAUCAAAAUACUUUUGAACGUGAACUGUAGAAAUAUAUUUCUAUUUGGAAAAAUAUUCGAAGGUGGCAGAUACUUUUCGCAUUGUUUUAUUCGCUACUAUUUAUGCAAACUGUACCUAGAUCUAAUUUACGACGUGCCAAUACUUUUAACACGUUGGCUGCCAUGAACAUCACCGGUGCGAUCAUGUAAUCUUUGUGUGGCCAUGAGCAUCUCUGGUGGGAUCAAAAGCUCAUUGCCUCUCUAUCAAACCUCAGUAUUACUCUGAUUCGGUGAGCAUCACCGAGGGAUCACUAAAUUACUAUGGGGUGUGGGAGCAACACUUUAGAUGAAGUAUGGUGGGCAGCCAACGUGUUAAUGACAAAUGAAAUGCCACUCAUGAAAAUGUAAAACUUAAUGUUAGAAGUAAUUUAUAGUGUUGAUAUCAACCAUUAUAAAAAUAUAGACGUUUAUAUUUACUUAAAUUAUCUUUAUUGAAAGACUGAUGUUUCAAUUAGCAUAAGAUAGGUAAAACCAAGGCGUUUGUGUCAAAUAGUUGUACUGUAAAUAUUUACAUAAUCAAAGUCCUGGGAGCCGUUCCAGGAUCGUUGCAAGUCUUUUAUUACAAGUGUGCAGGUAACAUACAUAUAGGACUUACCUAAAGCAGCAGGCAGUAAAAGCUCUUGUAAGACCAGACUUGUACCUGUCGCGGAUUGGGUCCCAGGAAUUAUUUCCGUGUUUAUUCUAGAUGACCAUAAGGUUCAAAAUGCGAACGAGAUGUUAAGUUUAGUUCCUGUUUUUAAGCAAAUAAUCUGUGGCUCUCUGUCUUUAUAUUUUUUAUUUUGUUAAUAUAAGGUACGAUGGGGUAACCAAAAUACUUACAAAAGUUUGUGCUGAACGAGCAAAUAAUAAACUUCCCUAUUUCAUCGAUAACACUCCGGUGAUGCGGUACCAAUGAGUAAAAAAACCUUCUAAAAAUAGUUUUUCGACAUAACAAGACUGGGGGAAAGUUGAGAUGGUGUCAGGAUAAGAUCGAUAUAGUUUCUAAAACCGAGUAGGUAUAUGAAUGCUGUACGUUAUCGGUAUUGUACAGAAUAUUGAGGACAGUUUAUUUCUUUACCAGAAUCGGUAUUUAGUCCUAUUUACUGUAUUUCGAGUAUGAAAAAUAUUGUAAAAAGUACAAUAUUGUCCAUUUUCAUAUAACUAUGAUUGCAACUGCCAAUUAUAAAAUUAGGUACAUGAAAUCAGCCAUAUUGUAUGAUUUUAACUUAAAGUUCAAUAGCGAUCAAUGUGGGUUAUAUUAUUAAUAGCUGUCUUAGAAAAAUGUUUCCGUAUACUAUUGUAUAUUUCUGAAUGGUUAAUUUUAAUAGCAUUUUUGUUACUGACUUGUCAUAUAAGUAUGUGAAAUAAUAUUAAAAUGUUUCAAGUAUCAAUUACCUGUAAA